AGAAUGUGUAUGAAGACAUAGCGCUGAAUUUAUAUUAUCUUCGUGAACUAGGGAUAUGAUUCUAUAGCAGAAUAUGGGAGUGAAGUUCAAUUCCAAGGCAUAUCGUUUUACAAGAAGUCGGUUCUGAUUGGCUCCCUAUGGCUGAUAUCACAUUGAAGCUGAUCUGGUAUCGGCUUGGGGAGAGUUUCGACAAAAUGGCGAAUGCGGGCCAGGGAAUUACGGCUUGGUUGUUUUCUGACUGGGACGAUAAUUUAUUGGAUGUUUUGCUUUUCGGGUGGAUUGGAUGGGCAGUAUUAGUCGUAAUCAUCGUCAAUGCAGUGCUGACAUUUUUCGGGCCUUUGAAACCCCGCGAUAGUUGGGACCAAAGUACUGUCGGGGUUUCUGGGCCGAUUGUAAUAGACAAAACCGGAUCGGAAUCCUGUCAAUGGUUAAACUCGGCUUUAAAUUGGUUCUACUUGCAUUAUGACAAGUUUCCUGAGUUUGUGGACGCUUGGGUAUUGGGUUUAAAUGAACAGACAAUCAAACUUGGGGGACCAGUACAGCUCAAGUUUGAAAGAGUCAAGUCUGGAAGUCUGCCUCCAAAAUUUAGUGAAGUGACCUUCCAGGCAGGCCCAGAGGAUAAAUAUGUUGUUAAAUGUAAGGUGGAUUCCAAAGACCUGUCGUUUGCCAUUUUUGCCUCCCAGCAGACGACAGAGGGUGUUAAACUUACUAACCUGAACACCAGCAUUCUCAAACUGAAAGGCUCGCUUCGUUUGGAAUGCUUUACACAUGGUAGUGAUAUGAUGGCUAAGGUCGCAUUUGAAGGUCGUCCUGAUGUUCGCAUAGUUGGAAAACCUGUGAAUCCCUACCAGGACCCGUCAGAUCUAGUGGACAUUGAGGUUGUGGAGGAAGUGGUCAGAAAUGCUAUCUGUCUGGCCACCACAGAAUUCAACAUCACUAAAUGGAUCACUGGCCAGUCCCAGAAUAUCCCCCGAGUGUGUGGAGGGUCCCCAGCCUCUUCCCCGGUCUCACCAAAGCCCCGCACAGAGGAAGUCUUCAAACCUAUUGAAGUCAAGCAGAUGCAGAGUUCUUUCCAGUCUCCUAGCUCAAGCUUUGCUGCCCCUACGCCCAGGACAAACAAGAGCUCCGAGGACAAACGAUUGUUAGUCAAGGUCAUCAAAGCAAGUGGACUGGCCACCAAAGGUGCUACAGGAACUAUAGAUCCUGCCUGUGUUGUGUUUAUGGACAAUCCUCCCCAGAGCCAGAUCACCAGUGUUGUCAAAAUGUCUGUCAACCCUUUCUGGGACGAACAGUUCUUGUUUGAUCUCACUGGAAAUACAAAGGAGCUGAAGUUUGAGGUCAUUGACAAAAGCAGACCUACUGGAGAGAACUUUCUUGGUGAGGCUAUUGUGUAUUAUGAUGACAUUAAGAGGAAUGCCAGCAGUCGGCAGAUCAUCCCUCUACAGGGUGUCACAGAUGACGGUAACAUGGCUAGUGGCUCCAUCACUGUGGAGUUUCUGUUUUUGGACCCUGUGGACACUAAUGGGUUGGGACCAGUAAUGAACCAAAAGAAUGUGACUUCUCCAAAGAGAACAAUCCAAGUGAAUCAGGCCAGAACACCAGGGGGCACUCUGGUUACCACGACUACAAUGACAACAGAAAGACAACAAAAAAAUCAGAGAUAUGAGGCUGCAGUUGAUGCAUCCCCACAUUUUAUAGAGAAGCAAAAUGUUUUUGAUUUUGAUAUGUCGGAAAACACAAGUAUAGACACAUUGAACACAACCAACGCCAGUAUGCAUCAACAGAAUUUGUCUCUGUCCUCUUCAGCAGAAGUAGUUACUAUGAAUGGGGUUGAAUCAGUGGCUGAGACGGCCAUUCGUGAGUUAAAGGACAGGAGGUUCAAAUCUAAAACUCCAUCUAGGACUAGUACACUCAUCAUUACAGGGGUCCAGAAGAGUCCUGAAGAGGUGCAUCAGGAUGUUCCCGUGGUAACGACCCAACCUCCAUCACCAGGUCAUCAAGAUCCUAAAGAUAGAAAGAAGGGCAUGUCCCUUGCAAGGCAAAUCAAGAAAAGAUUUUCUCGCUCAAAGAAGCGCUCACGCAGUGCUGAAAGGUCGAGCAAUUCUUUGAGAGAAGGCUCAAACUAUCUUCAGCCACCUGACUCUGGCCACGGGAAGCCACAAUCUAAAGAUGACAUUGAGUUAGUAAGGGGAAAAGCAGAGCCCCCAGGAACACCAAAUCUGAAGAAAUCUCGUUCCCUUGGGGGAAGCCUUAAAAAACUGUUCCGCAGGGGUAGGAAGCAACAGCGAACACAAGGGGAAACUUCAAGGGAAAGUUCAUUUUCUCGUUCCUCAACACGCAAUGUCUCACAAGGCCCUUCCAGGGAGGGUUCAUUAAACAGAAAUGUUGAUCCAAAGGAUAUGCAAUAUCAACAGACAUUAAUUUCAUAGCAUUUGUUAAUUAAAUCAUAAAGUAUGAGAAAAUUUUAUAUAUAUUUUCAUAUAGAAACUAUUGGUACAACUCAUGAAGCUGUAGCAUAGCUAGUAUUUAUUUUUUUUUUUUUAUUUAUCAAAAAAAAAAAACUCCUUUUGUAACUGAGAUUUGAUUUAAUCACAACUGCAAAGAUAUGAUAAAUAUUAUCAUUGCUUUCUUUAAAAGAAACAGAUGUUUUCAUGGUGAAAAAAAAAGAGCAUUGCUUUUAUCUGCAUAUGUUGAUCUGAGAAGAUUGUUGAAUAUUUUUCUAUCAUUGAUGUUUACAAGUGGUGAAAAAUAAUGGUCCCAUGUGAUUUAUGUUUAAGACUGGAAGUGUAAAUUUACAUUUUAUUAGUUUUGUUUUAUAGUCAAUAACAGAUUGACUUGUACACAUAGACACAUCUGAUCUAGCAUAAGUAAAGAGUUUGUAACGGUCAAAAAAUGCUUUUGAAUUGAAUUUAUAUAAUGUAUGCAAGGGUCCUCCUGUCUGGCAUUAAUUUUUAUUCAGUCAUUAAUUUUUGACACCCAAAGUAUCAAUCAGCUUAUCCAUGAAAAAAAAAAUAUUCCUAUUACUGUAAAAGUACUUUUUUUCCAGGUAGUAUUAAUUUAGGUUAGGUACACAGUCACAAAUUUUCCACAGAAAUUAGUCGCAGCGCACUUAAAGUGCAUUUAGUAUAUAUAAAGGCUAUCCAAGAAAUCCGUUUUAUUUUGCGUGUAAUUAAGAUUGUGAUUCCACGGGAUUAUGACCCCAAGUAAAGAGGGUAUGUUUACAGUAUGUAAAGAAAAAUACACCAUAGUUUUUGCAUUCAAAAUUUCCACCCAUUGUCACCUCAAAAUGAAAACAGACCAUGUACAUACAUACAAAUACAUCAUUGUAAACUUUUAUAUACUCAUAUGGGAUGUUUGAGCAUAAUAUUUUCACCUUGUAAAAAUUGCCUUAAUUAUUGUUCCCCAAUGUGAUUUUCCCCUCUAAAUAUACCUCCUGUAAAAAUGUUUUAUUAAUUUUUUGUGUACAUUUUAAGAGCUUUGCAGUAAUUUAAACAUUGUGUUUUUGCUACCUGUAAAUAUUAUGGUUUUUGUGCAUUGUAUUAAUUUAAACUGUAUUAGUAUUGUAAAAACUAUUAUAAGUGAAUUUCUUUAUUGGCUCACAACCAAUUCUCGGAUAAGUCUGUAAAAUCUGUGAUAGGACCAAAUUAAAAUAUUUUCUGCUGAUGAGCUUGUUUGUGCCAUAAUUGGCAGUAAGUUUUGAUAGCUUCUUUCAGUAUAAACUCUGAAAACACAUAGAUAAAUAGUCCUAAUCUAAAAAUAGCAAAGUUCAGUUUGCAAAUGAAGAUUUUAAUUUUAUGUUGCCCCUCUUUGGUAAAUUAUUAUGUUUUAUUUCUUUUAAUUAGAUUCUUUUUGAUUAAAAUGAACUUAUUUGUAUCAUUUACAUGAGAAAAGGCUGUAUUCUACACAAUUAAUAAGAAAAAAGGAAAAAAAUACCAUAGAAAUUAAUAACACAUUUGCACAUGCGGAACAUACUGAAAAUCCAUGUAUUUAUGAGGGCAUUGUGCAGAAUAAAUGUGCUUUUUAUAAAAACUUGGUUGGAAUCAUGAAUUUGUGUGAUUUUUGUCACCCUGUUAACAAAGAGAAAAAGUGUCUGAGAAUGGUCAAUGCCCACUAAAUUUUAAAAUUAUGAGUUUAAUAAGGGUUAGAAAUAUAUUUGACCUUUGUUAUGUUGUCUCUUUACAUAUGUCACUGAUUGUUUUUUUUUUCUUGCCAAUGAAUCAAUUGCAUUGAAUUCAGGAAGUUUGUUACACUUAUGCGGAAUACAGUUUUAUGUGAGGUUCUUUAAUUUUUUAAAGAUCGUUUGAAUUAAUUUUUUUUCUUCUUUUUUUUUCAUGAGUUAUAUAUAAUUUACAGACCUGAAAUAGAACUUAACAAAAAUUUAAAAAAUCAAAAGACUUAAAUUAAAGAUACAUAUUACCUCAAAUAAAUGUUCUUAAUGUAUCUCCCACACAGAAGAGUUCCAUUGCUUUUUUUCAAUAAUUCUUUCAAAGAGAAAUCAAAUUCUGAAAUUUUAUAAUGAUAUUGAACUGUAUAGAGUUACAUUUUCCCACCUUUUUCUUUUUGACCAAAUUGUGUGACUUGGCCAAGAAUAAAGUUGUUUAAGAUAUCACUUGCUUAGUGAGAAAGGCAACUAUUUAAGCAAAUCAAGAUGUAUGAAUUUUGGGAAAAAAAUUAUUUAUCCUUAAUAUGAAUUCUACGUCUUUGAAAACUUUUAAGGCAUUUGGAUUUAUACGUAUUUCAGAAUACUGCUAGUUUGUCCAGCUUCCAAUUACAAUAAAGAUCUCUUGACUUAUUACUAAGGUUGUGAAAUGUUGUGACAAGUAGACCAUUGAAUCACAGAUAAAUUUAUAGUUUUAACACCUUGAUAUACAACUAAAACUUGGUAUGUAAUGGAGAAAAAAGAUUUCAGAGAAAUGGUGUUUAUUCUUGGUUUCAUGUACAAAAAUCUGAGAUCUCUUCUUAAAAAAUAAUGUAAUACUGAUAUUUUGGAGGACAAUUAAAAGAGUUUACAUAUUAUGUGUAAUUAUAUCUAUUUUGUUAUAAGUUGUGUUAUUGUUAAUUUAAAAUUGAUUACAUUUAUAAACAAAAAUGAUGAAUGUUUGAAACAGUAUUUUUGUGCAAAUCUAGUCCACUUAAAAAUGAUGUAUUGUUUGAAGAUUUUUAAUCUUGAAAUGUUCUGUGAACUUUUCUUUGAGAAAUAUACUAAAUAUUUCCUCUUCUAUGCAUGCAUGCACACAAAAAAAUUGCUGCAUGUGUAAAUUUCUAUUUUUAUUAGGUCACCUGAGUCACUCAGGUGACCUAUUGCUAUCUGUUUUUGUCCGUCGUCGUGAGUCUUCCGUCGUGCGUUAACUUUUGAACAUUUUUAACUUCUUCUGUAGAACCGCUCAACCAAUUUCAACCAAAUUUGGUAUAUAGCAUCUAUGGGUGAAGGGGAACAAAAAUUGUGAAUUUCAUGGUCCCUGCCCCCCUCCCCCCCCCCCCCCCCCCCGGGGCCUGAGGGGUGGGGCUAAAACCACCAAAAAUAAUGCAAUCUUUAAAAAUCUUCUUCUUUACUCCUGGACAUGAAGCAGUCAAACUGUUUGCAUCAUUGUAAUAAGCAUUGAGCCCUCUACCAAAAUUGUGAAAUUCAUGGCCCCAGGGUCAGGGGUUCUGGCCCCAGGGUGGGGCUAUAUAGAUCAUAUAGUGGAAGUGCAUUAAUUCUUUGAAAAUCUUCUUCUCUGCUCCUGGGUAUUAAAUAAAGUUACUAAGUACAUAGUUAUGAUGAGCAAGAGUGCCUCUUCCAAAAUUGUGAAAUUCAUGGCCCCAGGGUCAGGGGUUCUGUUGUUAGGGCGGGGCUCUAUUGAUUAUAUAGUGAAAAUGCAUUAAUUCUUUGAAAAUCUUUUUCUCUGCUCCUGGAUAUUAAAUAAAGUUACUAAGUACAUAGUUAUGAUGAGGAAGAGUGCCUCUUUCAAAAUUGUGAAAUUCAUGGCCCCAGGGUCAGGGGUUCUGGUGUUAGGGCGGGGCUCUAUAGAUUAUAUAGUGAAAAUGCAUUAAUUCUUUGAAAAUCUUCUUCUCUGCUCCUGGGUAUUAAAUAAAGGAACUAAGUACAUAGUUAUGAUGAGGAAGAGUGCCUCUUUCAAAAUUGUGAAAUUCAUGGCCCCAGGGUCAGGGAUUCUGGUGUUAGGGCAGGGCUCUAUAAAUUAUAUAGUGAAAAAGCAUUAAUUCCUUGAAAAUCUUCUUCUCUGCUCCUGGGUAUUAUUUAAACAAACUAAGUGUAUGGUUAUGAUGCAUAAGGAUGCCUUUUCAAAAAUUGUGAAUUUCAUGGCCCCAGGGUCAGGGGUUCUGGUGUUAGGGUGGGGCUCUAUUGAUUAUAUAGUGAAAAUCUUCUUCUCUGCUACUGGAGACUAUUUAAACAAACUAAGUGCAUGGUUAUGAUGCAUAAGGAUGCCUUUUCAAAAAUUGUGAAUUUCAUGGCCUCAGGGUCAGGGGUUCUGGUGUUAGGGCGGGGCUCUAUUGAUUAUAUAGUGAAAAUGCAUUGAUUCUUUGAAAAUCUUCUUCUCUGCUACUGGAGAUUAUCUAAACAAACUAAGUGCAUGAUUAUGAUAGACAAGGAUGCCUCUUCCAAAAUUUUUAAAUAUAUGGCCUCAGUUUUUGGGGUUCUUGAGGAGGGGGGGGGGGGGGGGGCUAGGGCAACAAUGCUUCAUCUAUCUGUGUAUUUAACUUCUAAAUUGUUGUAUUAUACUCAGGUGACCAUUAAGGCCCUUGGGCCUCUUGUCAAAUUUUUGGUGAUGAUCAAAGUACCCAAUAAUAAUAAAAAUGAUAACAUAAUAAAGAAUGUCUUCUGACAUUAUAACAAGAUAAUGCUGAAUAUAGUAAAGUUCAAGUAGUCAGGAAAAGUGCUUUGCUGUUUAUGUUUCAUUGAUCUCCAGUAUAAUUUGAAAAUUUUCAAGAUAUUUUUAAAUAUAUAUUCCUUGCUGAGCUUUGUAUUCUUAUGCUGUCUGUUUUUCAUAUUUGAGUGCAUUUUCAUUUUUUUUCCCCCUGUUUAGGAAAUGAAAAGCAUUAGGCCUGUAUACUUGUCAUGUAGUUUGAUGUAUUGUACAUGAGUGUCCUGAACAUUUUUUGAUGGCUGUUGAUUUCAUUUUCUAAGCCCUUCUUGCUUAUUUGAUUUACACUUUUUUCGUACUGUGACCUUGGCAAAUCAUUUAAAGUAGAAAAAAUAUUUGUACAAAAACAAAAUUAACAUUGACUAAAAUUGAACUUUGAAAACAUUUCAAAUGUUUUUACAACAUUUUUUUAGGACUUGACACAAUGCAUUAGAAAUUUAAUUUUUUUAUUCUUCCGAGUUUUAGUAUUUCUUGAUUUCAAGUGUCUUACCAAUGCAUGUGUAGAAGAUUUGAUUUUAUUAUGUGAGUGUGUAGGACCAAAGAUACAUGAAAUAAAAAUGCCACUGUA